AUGGUAGGCCGUCUUGCAGGAAAAGUGGCCAUUGUCACCGGCGCAGGGUCCGGGUUCGGUGAAGCCAUCGCACACGCCUUUGUCGAUGAAGGCGCGCACGUCCUGGUCGCUGAUAUCGCGGUUGACAACGGCAACCGUGUCGUCAAGGAGAUUGAAGCCAAGUCGGGUGCCGGACGAGGCAGCGCGGUUUUUGUCGACUUCAACUGCACGAGCCGCAAGGCCUGGGAAGACGCUCUCGAGCUGGCCCGGCAGAAAUGGGGCAAGCUGGACAUUGUGGUGAACAAUGCGGGAACGACGUACCGGAAAAAGCCCAGCAUCGAGGUCACGGAGGAUGAGUUUGACAAGAUCAUUGCGGUCAACGUGAAGAGCAUAUACCAGAGCGUCGCCGUGACGGUUCCGUACUUUGUCGAGCGAAAGUCGGGCGUGUUUCUGAAUACAUCGUCCGUCGCCGGGACGAGAGUGAGGCCCGGCCAGGUGUUUUACGGCGGCACAAAGGGCUUCUUGAACACGGUAACUACGCUCUUGAUCCCGCCUAUUGCUUACUUGCUCACUGGAUGUCCAAAAACACAGGUGACUCAGGGUCUGGCCGCCGAAUACGGUCCCCAGGGACUUCGAUUCAACUCCAUCUGCCCUCUUCGCGGCAAGACCGGGCUGCUGGAGAUGUUUUCUGGCGUUCCAGACACGCCCGAAGAGCGCGAGCGGUUUGCGCAGUCGGUGCCGUUGAGGCGGAUGUCAGAGCCGGCAGAUAUCGCCAACGCCGCCGUCUAUCUAGCGAGCGACGAGGCCUCGUUUAUCACCGGUGUGAAUUUGCCGGUGGACGGAGGACGGUUGGCGGUCUGA